CCUCGUGUAGUAUACAACGGGCCUGUGUUUCCCUCGUCUUCCUAAUUAGUAGCACUUUCUACACUUUAACGUAAAAUCUCUGAAACACGGUGCAGUGAGUGUAGUUAAGACGAGCAGACUGUAGUUGAUGGCCUCGCUCCAGUAUGUUGUAGAGCGAGCUCACUGGAGUUGGCGUAUCCUUGGCGCGACGGCAGCGUCGCGGUAGUUGACAGGUAUCAGCUGUUCCGGUAAAUAAACCGCCGCGCGUCGACGAUGGACGACGUCGAGGAUGCCGCGCAGGCCGCCGACCAGGCGUCCGACGCGGACACCAGCGAGUUGGACGGCGGUAGCGAGUACAGCGACGACGGCCUCAGCUGGUGCGUCAUGUCGGACUCGAUCCUCCUGGGCAUCUUCCAGUACCUGUCGCCGAAGGAGCUCACCACCGCGAGCGAGGUCUGCCGUUCGUGGUACAGGGUGUCGCGCGACGAGUUCCUCUGGAAGUAUCUCUUUUAUCGGACCUACAAGAUAGAUCCGGAUGUCGGCAUCGUGCCAGGAAAAACGUCCUGGUUGGGAGAAUUCAAACGCUUGGCAUAUCACACCCCAUUGAUAGAAACUGAAGUUCUUAAAGAGCACUCGCAUCAGGUCUUACACGUGAGCUUCUCUCACAAUGGCAAAAUGUUUGCGACCUGUUCAAAGGAUGGGUAUAUUCUUGUAUGGCAAAGUCAGUAUCCUGUUACCAUAAAAUAUAUGCACGACAUGAAGGCGUUUAGUUGGAAGUACACGCAAUUUUCCCAGUUUAAUUGUACAGAUACGUUGCUUCUUGUGUCGGGUGUUCAUUUUGGUACGCCGCACAGUACCUCGGGAGAAAUAGCAGUAUUCAGAGUAGCACCUGGCUUUGACCUUCAGUGCAGAGUAGUGAAUAAGCCAUACGACAUAUUUGGUACAUGGUACAGCGAACGUUACCUUUUGAGUGGAAAUCUGCAUUGGCUGGCACACUUGGUCAGUACUAGCGUAGUUUGGCUCAACAAGGCAAACCAGGAAUCAGCUAGCGAGCAUGUACCCAUUAUGUCGCAGCUUUUUAGGUUCUACAAUGGAAAUGCUUCCUCGAUUAGGGCGAUUAUGGUCGCAAAUUGUCUAGCGCCUGCUCCAGCUGAAUCCAACGAACAACAGAGCCAACCGUCUUCCUCGAAUACGAAGGAAGAAAAAGGAAAUCCGCCGAGUCACAAGGACUUGCUGUCGCCUUCGGACGAGUCUAACAGCUCGCAGGAUCAGGAGGAACCGGUAUACUACAUUACGUCAUCGAGAAUACAAUAUAGUAAAUUGGAAGGUGCAUUCUCGAAUUGGAGAAAACUUGGUGAUGGCUUUGAAUACGCUAGCCCUAUACAGUACAAUCAGGAAUAUAGGCAGGUUGAGAUGCAGAGAAACGUGCACGAAAGCGAUAGCGAAAGUGAGAAUCUGCAGUGGGAGGAAGAAAGCGAGUCUGGAGAAUCUUCAAUAACCGAAGAAUGUGAUACAGACGAGUUAGCUAAUAAUCCUGAGAAACUUCUUAUUUUUACGACUGGCUCAAAAACAUAUACCCCGCAUAAAGUUGGCUUUAAGAGAAUCAAAUUAGUCACUUUCCCACGAAGAUUGGAUCCGGGACCAUCGUUGCGUGAGAGAAUAGCGCAACAAAAGAGGGAGCGAGAGAGGCAGGAUACACCGUCGGUGGAAGAUUGGUUAAAUUAUGAAGCCGUGGCGGACAAAUUCGAUAAAAUAGAUCAUCUAAUUGAUCUCCAUGGUCAUAUUAUUGGAAUGGGACUGUCUCCAGAUCAUAGAUAUCUUUAUGUAAACACAAGGCCGUGGCCGAAGGGUUACGUGAUUACCAAUCCUUUACAACCACCGCCGAUAGCUCAAGAAAUCGAUAUCCAUGUAAUCGACUUGGUAACGCUGAAGCAAGUUGGCACGAUGUUAAGAGCACACAAAGCAUACACGCCUAAUAAUGAGUGUUUCUUUAUAUUUCUGGAUGUAUGUAACGAAUACGUAGCAAGCGGUGCGGAAGAUAAACAUGGUUACUUAUGGGAUAGACAUUAUGGAAUCUGCCUAGCAAAGUUUCCCCAUAGCGAUGUAGUCAAUUCGGUAGCUUUUAAUCCACGCGAUCCUGAAAUGCUAGUUACUACCAGUGACGACUAUACAGUUAAAAUAUGGCGGAGUCGAGCUAUGGUGAAGGCUUUAGGUUUAGACGAAAAGUCCUGUCGUAGGGGGAUGGAAGUGCGAAAGAGACACAAGUAUCAGAAAAGUGGUACUAACAUUGACUGACUAAAAACUAUUAAAUUUCCGAUUUAGACAUUUAUUUUUACAAGAUCUUAGAGAUAUAUUUUGCACUUACGUUAUACUAUACAAAAUCGUCCAGAAUUAUUAAUACUAUUAUUGCGUAAAAGCACAAAUAUGGCGAGAAUAUAUUUUUUGAUUAUCUGGAAUUAUGCAAAUGCAUGUACAGACUUUCAUUUCUUGGUAAUAUAAUACAUAUAAUAUAGAAUUUCAAAUGAGUGCUUCUAUUUUGGAAGAAAAAAAAAGGAAAAAUUACUAAAAAUGUUGUUAAAAAAAUGAAUAUCAUAAGAAUAUAUUGUUGACAUCUGUUACGAUGAAAAAUUUGAAAAUGUCUAACAAAAGAUUUAAAACAUCAUUCACUCGAAAAUUACUAUCAAACUAUUUUUCAAUUUUCACAACUCACAAGUUAACAUUAGAUCAAUGACCUACUUAAUGAUCAAAAUUUGUCCUAUCCCAUAUUGUAUACAUAUUGAUCAUUUCUCAAGAUAUUUUUUAAUAUAGCGAAUAUAUUUCAGUUUAAGUUAUCCAUAAGAUUUAUAUGGAACUAGUUUUAAAAUUUACCUUUCAAUGAAAUAAAAAAUUAAAACCUGAUGAAAGUAUGCAAUAAACUUUAAGUUUCUCUCUGGUUAUAACUAUUUUCGUGUAUAAUCUGUAUCGGAUUCUCUUGUUUAUUCUGUUUCGCUUUUAUGUAUAUUUUAAAUAUUUACAAAUUUCAUCUACCUACGCUUACAUUAGAUACAGGAAACAAGACAUAUAAAUGUAAAUGUGCACUAUUUUGUAUCUUUUUUUUUGUUUUUGAUGUAUGUAAUGAGACGUAAUUAAUUUAGUUAUACUUGUACGACAGCACAUGUCGUAAUUUGUAAUACAUUAUUUCACUUUUUUGAGCUUGUAUUGUGGAGUAAUUGUAUCAUAAGAUUAUCAAUGUAAUAAAUCUCUCAAACGAA